GCUCAGUUUGCCGGGUAGGAAAAUAUCUCAGAACACGGGCACUCCAGGCGGCUACUAGUGAGACCUGUGAUCUAGGACCUUAGAUGACCUGAUCCUGAGCCGCUGGAGUCUUCAGAACUGGAAUGUUACAAGGGAGAAGAGGACACGUCACUGGAGGAGAUCCAUCUUCGUUGGAGCAGCGUACAAGUCCAGCUGGUCGAGAAGAAGCGAUCCGGGAGAAAAAGGACUUCUUCCAAGCAGCUGCUGAGAACGAAGAGGUACGGCCCCAAGGAGAAGAUGGACGCUCAUCAAAAAAACACAAGAGGAAGACCCUCCAUGGGACCACUUGUCCAGGGAAGAGCUAGGCGUCCUCUGAACGGGAUACGUCUCCAGCUUGUGACACUGGUGGUAAGCAUGUUGACGGCAGGAUCGGCCUCUUCAAGGGAGGGCCUGGGGACUAACAUUGAUAUGGUUUCCAGAAAGAGGGUUUUUCCAACAGUGUAAUUCAGCACUAUACCCCAGUGGAGAAUGUGUCUGCCAUUCAACAUGACUUACACGCCCUCUGUCUCAAGGAAUUCAGGCAUUUUCAGGACUCGAACCCUACACCUAUCAAAUCCUUAAGAUGGGGGUCUAGGGACCCACACUUGCACCCAUACCAGCAAGUGAGAGCCAACACUACCACGGUGUUGUGCACCAAGAAGGGAAUGCUGAGUCCUGAGAAUGUCACUGGGGCAGAGUACAACGGUUGGCACAUCCUGAAGGCUACCUUCCUGGGGAAGGAUAGCUAGGACAGGUUAAGGGUUAGGACAUAUUUGAUAGACCCAUUCCAGUAAAAGGCACCCUGAAGGCUUAUUGCAUGUUGAGGGAUUCCCAGAUGAUUAUCACCAGGGAAUCCAGUUAUGUUCAGUGCAACAGUGGUGAGGGUCCCCUACGAUACAGAAGAUCUCCAACCGGUAAAACCGCAUUCAGACUCUUGUACCGCCCCUAUCCAUCAAUUGGCAGAUCCUGUAGCUCCUCAACUGUCAUCCCCCUGGAAGAUCAUCAUGGAUGCCAAAUUCAUCCUGUUUAUCUGGAGAAUUUCUGUAGAUGACUUCCGAGUUGACCAUUGGGAUCACAGGUGCGAGGAGUUUGUUAGGAACCAAAUUGACAUGGUAAGAGGUUGGAUAGAGGCGGGGCAAGAGGUAAGAAAAGACAACUCCCGACGUAGGAAGAACAGGGGGAGGAGAGAUCUAGUGGCUAUAGGACUUGGCGGAGGUGCUUUGGGAGUAGGCGCCCUGAACACUAUGGAUAUGAAAGUCCUGAGAAGUAAGCUUAGGGAGGUUGCGCGACACGCCGGGGAAGGAUUCAAGACCCAGCUUGAUGUAAACCACAUCUUGGAGGGUUUACAGCAUUCGCACAUUGAUGCCACUACCUCUCUAUCUUCUGCUAUACGUGAGAAGUUUAGGAGGUUAGUUGUGGGUCUCUUGGAGGAGCAGGAUCGGGCUCAGCUUGCUCUGGCGUGUACGCAGGUCCAAAGCGAACUCUCAGACAACCUUAAACAUAUUGUCUCAGCGUUACACAACGGCCACUUCCCAUUCAACCUCCGCCAGCGAAUAAGUCCACUGAUCUCUCUUUUCGCCAUCAACCAUACCAACUGGCAUGAUGUCGAAAUUUAACCUGUACUGCUUCGUCCUUCGUACGUGUCCGGUCGCCUCAGACAGGAAUACAGUGCCAUCAAUCUAGGUACGGUAACUGAACAACCGAAUAGGUACUUCACCCCCAGCUCCCCUCGAGCAUUCUAACCUAUGAAGAAGGCCAUCCUUCUUUGUUUGACACAGAAGGAUGUUGGUUGAGAGAGGAUGCCAUCCUAUGUCAGGGUGGUCGAGAUCGGGUGCUUAGGCACCAGUAUUGGAACACCGAGGGGACCUGUGAGAUGAAGGUCAACCCAAUACCUUCAUCCUCUUUAAAAUACUUGGGACAGGGGUAUUGGUGUUGGUACCAAGGGAAUAAUGGGUCGUAUACAAUUUAUGGAUUUAAUUGUACCGAGCGAGGAAUACUCUUCCCCGGAGAGUACUGUACCCUUAGCCCCGUUCUAGGUCUGGAUGUUGCAGAGCAGCAAGGAAGAAUCCCAAUUACCCCGGAAAGAAGACUCGACAUUCGCCCCGAUUUUCCCGUGAGACUUCAGAAGAUUCCCCUUGGCUUCGGCAAAGAACUUAAACAGCUCCUGUUGGACUUCAGCCAAGAGGAAGAAAUCUUACAACAUCUUCGGGAGACGGAGAAACAGGCCAUCAUCCGACUUACCCAUGACCGGACGAAAAUUACCGCGGUUGCCACAGCAUUGGACAAGGACUCAAAGAUCUCAUGGUGGGAGAGUCUUUUUGGAUACAGUCCUAAGGCAACCUAGUUUUUCAAUUUACUAAUACACCCAGUGAUAGUGCUUCUGGUUCUGGUCGGACUCAUGUACAUAGGACUGUGGUGGAUGUACCGGAGGGUCAAGAGACUAACGGACCAACUAAGCCAGAACCAGACAGCACUUCACGAACACAACCGCCGGAGGCUCAGGACUUGAUUUCACCAAGUCCUGAGAAAGAUCCUAAGGACAGGACAAUGCAUGUGGGGGGGAUUCAGGAUGGAAAAUCUCAAAUUUAUCCUGAGACCCCAUGUGAUGGAUAUUGGACUGGUGCGUAUGAGGUUUUGGGAGGUACACCCAGUCCCCUCCUGAGACCUCAUAGUAUUGUAUAUAAAUGUCUUUGGGUUUAGGUGGGUUGGGGGAGGGGAAGGGGAACUGUGUAAUAUAUUUUGUGUGAAUGGGGAUUAGAUUAGGGCACGGUAGGGACAGGCCCCCUCUGUUUGCCAUUUGCCACCUUGAACCCUGGAACGGUGAAGUUCUUAAGGGAAGAGCUGGAUGUGUAGUGUGGCGGAGGUGUUCUCCACAGUUAGAAUUUAGGUUCCAUGACAUCACCU